AUGAUUUCGCAACGCAUCGCUCGCGCCGCCCGGCAGACGCCCGCGAUAAGGACAUUUACAAGCUCGGUUGCGACCCGGAGCGACCGCCCGCCGACCCUGGGCGACAUCCAGCCGGACCAGCACGAGACCUUCAACAGCCGGCAGAAGACGUUCCGGGCGCAGCUUGCGGAGGCCAAGAAGCAGCGGGAAGCCAGUGGGUUUGCCUCGUCGUCCUCUCUUGCAUCUUCUAGCUCCUCCUCCUCCUCCUCCUCGGCCCAGGGCCUAGGAUCGCUGAGCACUGCGGCGGCCGGUACAGGGAACGCGGCACGCGCCGCCGAACAAGCUCCCCCGCGCAAGGCGGGCCCGCUGACGAACCUCAUCUACGGCACCAAGGAGGGCCGCGAGCUGGACGCCCAGAUUGAGGCCAGCUUCAGCCAGGUGCUCGCCCGUGGCAAGUACGUGCACUCGAUCGAAUUCCACGAGGUUAAGCCCGAGUGCGUGGACGAGUACGUCGAACUCGUGGGCAACUGGUACCCCAAGGUGGCCAGCUCGCCCGAGAAUAAGGUUCACCUGGUCGGGAGCUGGCGGACCGAGGUGGGCGACUGCGAUACGUUUGUACACAUUUGGGAAUACCAACGCUACCAAGGCUUCCAUGCCUCUCUCAACACCAUCUCGCGCAACCCGCAGUUCCCCGACUUUGACAAGAAGCUGCGCCGGCUGAUCCACAGCAAGCGGGCCUCGCUCAUGCAAGAGUUCAGCUUCUGGCCGACGACGCCCCCCAGAAAGCUGGGCGGGCUCUUUGAGCUGCGCUCGUACACGCUGCACCCGGGAAACCUGCUUGAGUGGGAGACGCACUGGCGGCGCGGGCUCAAGGCGCGGCGCGAGGUCAUGGAGGGCGUGGGCGCGUGGUUUGUGCAAAUUGGCGACCUCAAUACGGUGCACCACCUGUGGCAGUUUGCCGAUCUCGAGGAGCGCAAGAUUCGCCGUGAGAAGAGCUGGGGCAUAGAAGGCUGGGCCGAGACGGUGCACAAGACUGUCCCGCUGAUCCAGGAGAUGAAGAGCCGGAUUCUGGUGCCCAUGCCGUGGUCGCCGGUGGCGUAA